GCCCAUCCCGUUUUCUCAGGAUCGGGGUUUGUUGUUGUUGGGUUUUUUAUUUGUUGUCGUUGUUCUCAGACAAACGAAUCGGGAUCGAAGCGCAUCGAAUCCCGGGGCGGACGCCGCGGGCAUGGACUAUUCGUACGACGAGGACCUGGACGAGCUGUGCCCGGUGUGUGGGGACAAGGUGUCGGGCUACCACUACGGGCUGCUCACGUGCGAGAGCUGCAAGGGCUUCUUCAAGCGCACGGUGCAGAACAACAAGCACUACACGUGCACCGAGAGCCAGAGCUGCAAGAUCGACAAGACGCAGCGCAAGCGCUGUCCCUUCUGCCGCUUCCAGAAGUGCCUGACGGUGGGGAUGCGCCUGGAAGCUGUGCGUGCUGACCGCAUGCGUGGUGGCCGGAACAAGUUUGGGCCCAUGUACAAACGAGAUCGGGCUCUGAAGCAGCAGAAGAAGGCACAGAUUCGUGCCAAUGGCUUCAAGUUGGAGACGGGUCCCCCCAUGGGCGUGCCACCGCCCCCUCCCCCCGCUCCGGACUACAUGCUGCCUCCCAACCUGCAUGCACCUGAGCCCAAGGGCCUGGCCUCUGGUCCAGCCAGCGGGCCACUGGGUGAUUUUGGAGCCCAGGCGCUGCCCAUGGCUGUACCAAGCACCCACGGGUCCUUGGCAGGCUACCUCUACCCUAACUUCUCUGGCCGCACUAUCAAGUCCGAGUACCCAGAGCCCUACGCCAGCCCCCAACAGCAGCCUGGACCGCCCUACGGCUAUUCUGAGUCCUUCUCUGGGGGGCCCACUGUGCCGGAGCUCAUCCUGCAGCUCCUGCAGCUGGAGCCCGAGGAAGACCAGGUGCGGGCACGCAUCCUGGGCUGCCUGCAGGAACCUGCCAAAAACCGUUCCGAUCAGCCCGCGGCCUUCGGCCUCCUGUGCAGGAUGGCGGACCAGACCUUCAUCUCCAUCGUGGACUGGGCCCGCAGAUGCAUGGUGUUCAAGGAGCUGGAGGUGGCUGACCAGAUGUCCCUGCUCCAGAACUGUUGGAGCGAGCUGCUGGUGUUUGACCAUAUCUACCGUCAGAUCCAGUAUGGCAAGGAGGGCAGCAUCUUGCUGGUCACCGGGCAGGAGGUGGAGCUGAGCACGGUGGCUGCCCAGGCCGGCUCCCUGCUGCACAACCUGGUCCUGCGGGCACAGGAGCUGGUCCUGCAGCUGCACGCACUGCAGCUGGACCGCCAGGAGUUUGUCUGCCUCAAGUUCCUCAUCCUCUUCAGCCUUGAUGUGAAGUUCCUAAGCAACCACAGCCUGGUGAAGGAUGCUCAGGAGAAGGCCAAUGCUGCCCUGCUCGAUUAUACCCUGUGCCACUACCCGCACUGCGCGGACAAAUUCCAGCAGCUGCUGCUGUGCCUGGUGGAGGUGCGGGCCCUGAGCGUGCAAGCCAAGGAGUACCUGUACCACAAGCACCUGGGCAACGAGAUGCCCCGCAACAACCUGCUCAUCGAGAUGCUUCAGGCCAGGCAGACUUGAGCUCGGCCCUGGGCAGCGGACAGGGGCACCCGCCAGCAUGCCGCACAGGCGCAUUUCAGUAGGUGACCCCAGAGCCCUGUCCCUAGGCCCCUGCCCCCUGCGCUCUGGAGCUAUGUUAGGGUGGUGGUGAGGAUGGGCAAGGCAGUACUCUCUAGCCCCUGGCACUUGCCUACCACUCACAGUGUCCCAAGGAGGUGGCGGCUGACCACCCCACCCCCUGGUCUGGGAGGAGAUUCUGGAUUCCUUGGUGGGACUUGGAUGUCCCUUGAGUCAGAGGUCAUCCCUUCCCCCCUCUCCUGGGAUCAGAAGCAGGAGGAAGGCGAGCGGGCAUCACAGGGAGAGAAGAGGGGUUCUGCAGUGCUUCCCCACAGAGGAGGGGGGAAGGUGUCUGUUGAGUAAAUUAAGGAUGGCUGAGUUUGCUAAAUUUGGUAGGGGGUUGUUGACCCUAGAGGAAACUGGGAGACCAGUUAGACAGAAGGACCUCUCCCCGCCCCUCCACCGUGUGACCUCUGCAUGGAGACCUCUGAUCUGUUUCCAGGAAAGGACAUUGCUACAACUCCUCCUCCCCCCACACCCCACAGGGAGGAAAAAUUUGGUACAGUCAACAUUCCAGCCCCCCUCCUUCUUGGCCAGCUGGGCUGGUACUAAGCCGCAAGGCUAUAGGUUUGUUUUUCAAUCUCCUAAACACUUCUGGAAAGGCGGAUGUACAUGAGGCGAGCUGGAGGGCUGAUGGAUGACUGAGCUGGGUACGGCCAUUGCACCAAAUACAGGCCCAGGCCUCCUCCCUCCAUCUCAUAUUCCAAGUGCUCCCUUCGGUGCCAGGCCAUUUCUUCUGAGUGCUUCCUGCUCCAGAAAAAAAAAAGAAAGAAAAAAAAAAGCUACUGCUUUUCCUCUGUCCUCUCCCCAGGUGAACUGCAGGGGGAGCUCUGGGUUCUCAUGGGUGGGUUAUGGGCUUGUGUUGACCAGCCCUUCCUCUCACGGUCCAGUCCCAUUGGGCCUCCGGCUGCCUCCCUAGAAGCUGGCCUCAGCUCCCUGGCUGCCGUCCUGUGUCUUGAAAGUUACUCUCUGGGGAGAAGCUUUGGCUGUUCUCUGCCCCGCUGGACACCUACUGUCGCUUUCCUGUCACCAUUGCAGCUUGCGCUAGGCCAGCCCAGCUAGAUGAGCUGGGUAUCCCUGCUCCCUGCUUUUUUUUUCCCUUCCCCUUUUUCUUUUCUUUUCUUUCUUUUUCUUUUUUUUGCUGCCCUGACUCAGUCCCCACUCCUGUUCCUGAAACUCAAGCCCCUGCCAAGGCCAGGGACCCACAGCCCCGAAACAUGAAGUGCCCUUAUGGAUCUCCCAGCCCCCCUGCUCCCUGGAAUAAA